GAUAGAAUUGUCGAGAGAGUAACAAAUAAUUUAGAAACACAGUUGCGGCUCACUGGGAAGAAGAGGUAGAGAUAUAAAGCGGUGCUUUUGCGGCUUACCUGGAACGCUUUCUUACUGCGACUAUGGAGUCUACUAAAGUGAUCAAGGUUAAGCAUGGAGAAACACUAAGGCGUUUCAGUUGUCGGAUUUUGAAUGGGGAACUUGACCUUGAUUUUAAUGGGCUGAGAGAGAAGAUCAUUGGCCUUUUCAAGUUCACCCCUGAUGCUGAACUCACUCUGACUUAUGUGGAUGAGGAUGGUGACAUAGUAACACUUGGUGACAAUGAAGAUCUGUGUGAUGUGGUUAGGCAAUCCCUGAAUCCUUUGAGGGUUACUGUGAAGUUGAGUACUGAAAGCAGCGGCAUGUCUUCUGCUAGAACUAGUGGAAGCUCUACACCUCUGAGAUCUCCUCAAAUGCAGCAGCCGUUGCAGAACCUCAGCUCUAAUUCUUUGUUAAAAUCUGUACCUGUGCCGAUCCGUCGGAUCAUUGUAAAGAUAUGCAAUGACUUGGCAUCUACAGGCACUCCCUCUGCUCAAACUCUUACUGAUUUGGUGCGAACUUUUUCAGAGAUGGGGUUGCCCUAUCUGAAUCAACUAUCAGAUCUGGCUGCUGCUAAUGUUAGUAAGCAGGAUGGGGCUUCUGGAUGCACCACAAAUGUUCCAGCAUCUUCUCAAGAAGCAGAUGUUUCUGCUGCAUCUGGACCUGAAAAUCCAUCUGCAAGAAAUAAGGAGGUCUAUCCUUCCAUCGAAUCAAAAGGUCCAGCAAAUGGAAAGGAGAAUGCUAUCAAUGGCAGUGGAGGUGUGAAGGCCUUAGCUAGAGAACUUCCUGGAUUGGAGGUUCUUAAGGCUGCUCUUGAAUCGGCUAAUCAUAAGCCACCUCAUGCAACUGAGAUUGAUGCGGGUAAGGAGGAGGUUGAUCGUCAGUCUGAUGAGCUACCUUUAUUUGGCAAGUUUGUGCCGUUUUCAUCAACAAGUGUUCCACCCACUUCAAAUACAGUUACUGGUGAUAACAAGGAGGCCUCUGGCGAUCCUAAUGAGUUAAUGGCAAUGAAGCCUCUUGGUGCACUUGCUUUCCAAAGUUACCCUCCCAAUGCAGUGUGGUCUAAUCUGAGUUCUCACCUUAGAGACACUAUUGGUGGGGCCAAGAAUGUGUUGCAGACAGGUUUUGGUAGCUCUUUAGGCUCAAAUGCAAUUCCAAUGAAUGAGUGUCCAUUCUCAGGAGUACCUUUGGGUAACAGCCCAGUUCUUCCUCCACAGCCUCCUCCUUGUGUUGUCCAGCCUAGAAGGAAUCAUGGACUGUCUGAUGACUCUGGAAUUUUCCAUCGUGGUGUUCGAUGUGAUGGCUGUGGGGUGCAUCCAAUUACUGGCCCUCGCUUCAAGUCCAAAGUGAAAGAUGAUUAUGAUCUUUGCAGUAUCUGCUUUGCCCAAAUGGGUAAUGAAAGUGAUUACAUCAGAAUGGAUCGUCCUAUAUCCUAUCGGCACCACCACCCCCAUUCUUUCAGGGGAUUUUAUGAUCUCAAUAAUCGGGUGCAUGCUCCACUACAGCCACCAGUCUUCAGGUGUGGUGGGAAGGCCAGUCGGCAUAAGCUAGACAGUCGUUUCAUUCAGGAUGUCAAUAUCCUUGAUGGUACGAUUAUGGCCCCAUCAACUUCAUUCACCAAGAUUUGGAAGAUGAGGAACAAUGGUUCUGUGGUGUGGCCUCAAGGAACACAGCUGGUUUGGAUUGGAGGAGAUAGGCUGAGUGAUAUAUUUUCUGUUGACACAGAGAUUGCUUCUGCUGGUUUACCCGUUGAACAGGAACUUGACAUUGCAGUUGAUUUUGUUGCUCCUGAUCGUCCGGGUCGGUACAUUUCAUACUGGAGGAUGGCUUCUCCAUCUGGUCAGAAGUUUGGCCAGCGUGUUUGGGUUCUUAUCCAUGUCAAUGCUUCUUCGAAGGAGCUGCAGCAGGAAGGUUUUCGAGGCUUUAAUCUGAAUUUGCCACCUAUUAACAGUGGUAUAUCAGGCCCUGAAAUUAUUAAUGUUAAUCCCGAGCCUUUGGUGGUGGACAGCCUGCCUCAGGUCAAUAAUUCUAGUGGAGGCAUGCACCUGGUGGAACCAGUUGUUGAUGCCUCACCAGAGAAAGAACAGGAGGUGAACUUUCCCAUAAAUGACUCCUUGCUGGUUGGUGGUGCUGCAUCAUCCCCUGUUUCAGCAGUCCCUGCCUCUUUAGGUUCCUAUCCCAUCGUUGAUCUGUCUGAGGUUGCACCACCUGAUCUCACUCCUUUACCAGCUAUUAUUGGGGAGACUUCUGCUCAAGAUGUCAAAGAAAAUGCCGCCAAGGCAGAUGAGAGCUUCAUUAAAUAUGUCAAACGGUCUGAUGUGGAGGAGGCCCUCCUUAAAGAACUUGAAGACAUGGGUUUUAAACAAGUUGACUUGAACAAGGAGAUCCUGAGGCUCAAUGGGUAUAACUUGGAGAAAUCAGUUGAUGAUCUUUGUGGCGUGUCAGGUUGGGAUCCUAUCCUUGAGGAGCUCCGUGAGAUGGGUUUCUGUGAUAAAGCAACAAACCAAAAAUUGCUGCAGAAGAACAAUGGAAGCAUCAAGCGUGUAGUCAUGGACCUUAUUGCUGGAGAGAAGUGAUUCUAGUCAGCUUGAGGACGAGGCAUGUUAUGGAUAAAUAAAUAUUGUCGUAGCGUCUCCUUUGGUGUUGUUUUGAACUUAGUUGUUUGAAUAUUGGUCCUUUUAUUUGGUUUUCUGUGGCUCUGUAAAACCUGCUUGUUGCUGCUAAUUAGUUUAUAUAUAUACAUAUUAUGAACUACUAUGAAGUGCUUCUGUUCUGGAUGUUUAUCUGUAACUUGUAAUUAUUCAAGUUUAUUGUGCACUUUAUCA